AUGGAGCGUCGGAAGUCAUCCACACCCCACUACCAAACCUUCCCAACUCCACCCCCAAAGACGCGCGGCCGACCGCCUACCUCUCCGACGAGCUCAAUCACCGGGCGAGAUGGCUUGACAGAUUCCCAUCAACCUGGUGGCUCACCAGACGCAGAUAAUGAGCAGCAAAAACUACCAACGAAACAACUUGCGAUGCUGGCGGUCAUUGCUCUCUGUGAACAAACUGCCCUCAAUUCGAUAGGCCCCUACCUCCCAGAGAUGACCUCGACCUUCCCAGAAGUCGAUGCUUCACAGAUAGGGCUAUAUGUUGGGACAAUAGCAUCGUCAUUUGCGCUUGCGCAGUUUACUACGAACUUUUUCUGGGGAUGGCUGUCUGACAGGGUUGGCCGGAAACCAGUAGUUAUGCUUGGGACAUUGCUGACUGCUGGAUGUUUUCUUGCUUUUGGGUUUUGCCGGACGCUCACCCAAGCUAUAGUUGUACAAGCGCUGAUGGGAUUGGUCAAUGGCAACCAAGGCGUGAUCAGUACGUGUUUAGGAGAGAUCACGGACAGGAGUAACCAGAGCAAAGUUUUCGUAUAUCUUCCAGUUAUAUACGGCAUUGGCGGGAUUACAGGUCCAGCAUUGGGAGGGCUCUUGGUGUUCCAGGAUCUUCCGUUCAGGAAAGGGCAGAAGAACCCUUAUCCAUACUUGCUGCCGAAUCUCUUCUCAGCAACGAUCUUGAUAACGGACCUCGUUCUCACGGCGUUCUUUCUCGAGGAGAGUCUAGAGGAGGCAAAAGAGCUUCCGCCCCUGAGAGAGAGAGUAGAUAAUCUCUUUGUCUGGCUCUGGCAGUUUAUAGGUGGAGCUCAUCACCCCACAUAUCUCCGUCACUUCACCCAUCGCAACUCUCGGUAUCGAGUCGAUGGAGCCCUGGAUGAGGAUAGCAUCAGCUCAACGACAGACAACGAAAGCGAGUCUCAAUCUCUACUCUCGAUACCCGAGUUCUUCUCCAGCAAUGGUCAACAUCUGACCCGCAAAGAAAUAUUCAAUCGGAACACUAUCCUCUUGUUAGGCACUUAUCUUGUGUUCCAACUUUCUAAUAUAUCGUUCAACACUCUUUAUCCCGUCUUUGCUUUCGCUCCCGAGCCAGCAGGACGUGAACUCUCUAAUGGGGCAAUUGGCCUCUCGUUGUCUUUCGCGGGAAUGGUAGCGAUAGUCUUUCAGGUCGGCAUAUUCGGUAAAAUGAAGGAGAAAAUGGGAAACAAGAAGUCAUAUCGUGCUGGCCUAUUCCUGUUUUUCAUCGCAAUGAUGAUGAUGCCAUGGGUUGGUUACAAAGAGAAGCCUCCAUUUGGAUUUGGUAAUGGAAUGGUGUGGCUAUGGAUCGAGCUAGGGUUUGUGUUGCUUGUCAAAACCGUUGCAGCUGUGGGAGGAUUGACAAGUGUCCUUUUACUUAUCACGAACUCAGCACCCAACCAUUCUGUCCUCGGGACACUCAACGGCCUAGCCCAAACUCUCUCAGCUGCAGGCAGAGCAGCCGGCCCCUUUCUCUCAGGCGGCCUUUUCAGCAUUGCAACGCGUGUACAUCCGAAAGGGGAAGCAUUAGCAUGGGGCGUAUUUGGAGGAGUUGCAUUUUUGGGAUGGAUAGUGAGUUUUGGCAUUCGGGGAGAAGAACUCGAGAGUGCCGGCUGGGACGAGGAGAAUGGAAGUUACGAUGAUGAAGAUGAAGAUGAAGAGAACAGUGACAAUGAUGAUAGUGCGGAGCGGUGA